AUGUCAUCACAUACCGUUCCUAUCUAUCGGAAUGGACGAAAAUUUUACGUAUCUGCUGAAGAAUAUGAACGCAUAUGUUCUGAAGAACGGCAGUUUCGUCAUACAGCUGUACUAAAAUCUCAGCAAAUACCAGUAUCAAAAUCGCAACCAACACCCUUACGAUCACCUUCAACAAAUUCAUAUAAUCCUAUACAACGCACUACUUCAAAUCAAUAUGAUUAUAAAUAUUGUAUUCUUAAAACACGUCAUCUGCCUGUCAACAACUCAUCAAUAAAUACAAAUAAUCAACAAGAAUCAAAUAGAUUAUCACGUUCAACAUUGAAACAUUAUGAAGAUCGAGAUAAUUUAUCAACUAUUACGCCAACAAUACCGAGGAAAAAACCAUCGACUAAUAUUCGCUCGCAUUCAUCUGAUAAAGUACUCGAUAAUCGAAAAAUUGUAUCAUCGAUAUCUAAAGUUGAUAAUGAAACCAAACGUUCAUUAUCAGCUGAAAAUACUAAAGAACAAUCACCAGUACAACAACAGAAACCAAAGCAACAAACACAAAUUCCAUCACGACGGCCUAUUCAUACAAUAGUUUCUGAUUAUGGAAUAUCUCCUACAACAACUUUUUCUAUGACACCUACUAAUCAAUCACUGACGCAAACAAACUCUUCUAAACUGACAAAUUAUUUUUCACGAAUGAAACAAUCAACUUUAAAUACUCCAGCUAAAACAACAUCACUGUCUAAUUCCGCAACUGGUUCAUUCGUAGAAACAAGUAUGCAAGGUUUCGAUCACGUGUACACUGUUAUGGGUUCAGCAAAUCGACGUUCUGGUGAUAGUUCAUCAUCUUUCUUUCCGUCAUCCAUAACUGAUAAUAGUAAAACUGAAUGUCUUCAUCGUGAUACAACAAGUGAUUCGCUUUCGGAUGAAAAUUCGUCCUCAUUAUCAACGAUAUUUCAACGACGAAAUGCGAAUCAAAAUUAUAUUCGACGCCCUGACUAUGCUGAUGAAAGAGAAGAUAUCCAAAGUCAACAACGUGAUUCGUGGACCCGCUCAACAAUGCGUAGUCAAUCAAGUGAUGGUACAACUGAAAAGAAACGUGUUCGUUUUGCUGAUAUGGAAGGCUUGACAUUAGAAACUGUGCCGAAUAAAAGUAAAUUGCGAUCAGCAAAAGCGAAUCGAUUAUUAACACGCCGACAACAUACAAACGUUUCGAGUGACACUCGAGAUAAGAAGAAACCUAUUAAUAAUGCAUUUUUUCAAGUAACGACUAAAAUUUGUGAAAGUAAACUGGCGACGGAUGUAUGA